GUCUGCUACAAGACAACAGACAUGUUCUUCUAUAUUUUGAAAAUAAAAGGAAAAGUUCCCAUGAAAUUAUAUAGAUUGCAAUCUUAUCACCCUUGAAAACUCUGCAAAAGCUAAAAGCAACAGUUUCACAAUGGACCUAGAUCAGCACGACACAGCAGAUCAGUGGGAACCUGUCACUGACAUGUCAACAUGUUCUGCAGCCGCUGAGUCCGAUGAAGAACAAGAUGAAACCAAUGCUGAAAUUUCAUGUCAAGUGAACAAUGAAAAUCUAGAAACGGCCACUUUCUCAGAUACCAGUAACUCCCCAAAUCUCAACUCCACAAUGACAACUAAGCAGCUUCAGGAACACUGGAGGAAUGAGAAACGCCGCUGCAGACAAGUUAAACUCCUUUUUGAAAUCCCAUCAACCAGAAUUGUAGAACAAUACUUUUCUAAAUAUGUGUUGUAUAAAAUCAUUAUCAUCCAGACAGGCAGUUUUGAUGGCAACAAAACUGUCAUUGAGCGUCGAUACUCAGAUUUUGAAAAACUGCACAAAAAUCUUUUGAAAGACUUUAAUGAAGAAAUGGAAGAUGUGACCUUUCCCAAAAAGAGCCUGACUGGAAACUUUACAGAGGAAAUGAUCAAUGAAAGAAAAUUAGCCUUCAGGGACUAUCUGGGCUUUCUGUAUUCUAUGAAGUAUAUCCGGAGAUCCAAAAAAUUUAUUGACUUCUUAACAAGACCAGAGAUGGAGGAAGCUUAUGGCUGCCUAAGAGGAGGCCAAUAUACAAAAGCUUUGGAAAUACUUGUGCAAGUCAUCGCUCUGCAGGAAAAAUUAACCAAACACUGCCCUGUUUUAAUAAUCCCUACACUCUGUGCUAUAGUCGUGUGUCAUAAAGACCUUGAGAACCCAGCAGGUGCCUAUGAAUAUGGAGAGAAGGCUUUACUUCGCCUACAGAUGCAUGGUGGGCACAGGUAUUAUAUUCCAUUGCUAGAGACAAUGAUCACUUUGGCAUAUGAACUUGGCAAGGAUUUUCUAUCCUUGCAAGAGAAACUGGAAGAGAUUAAGGCAAAAAGAGAUCAAAUAAAGGUGUUUUCUCUGAAAGAACUUGCAGUUCGCGAGUAUAUACAAUGAAUGCAAGAACAAAAUCAUUGAUUGUAUUUCACUGAAUAGCAAAAACAUCUGAACCUAUUCCCAUUGAAGUCAAUGAAGAAUAGGGGCUUUUAAAUGGGUUCUUAAAGCAGUUUUGAGUAGAGAAUGCAGCUUAGAAAUACAGAAAGCAAAAGUUAAGAUUCUGAUAGCUUUCAAUUUUAAAAAAUAUGGUAAAAUAUAAAAGGGUCAUUAUCCCAUUUCUCUAAGACAAUGUUGUACUUACAUUGUUACAAAUGAUACCUAUGCUUACAAAAAUGGGAGGUAAUUUGUGUGGAAAAACUCUUUUUUUCAGUUUAUUUUUGACUGUACUUUGUGUAUAGCCAGUUUCACCUGUAUAGUCAAU